CGAGUGCAAAGCGCCCAUUUGGCUCUGCCCGGCCGGCCGGCCGGAGCACGGGUCAGCGGCGGACGGCGUCCUCGGAGGCGGGAGGCAGCGACCCGCGGGCCCCGUGGGUUAACCCCUGCCGGGUGAUGCUCAGGGGCCUGCCCUUUUCCCCGCCGAUAGAACCCAUGGCCCGUCCCGCCAAUUCCCUCCUUCUCCUCCUCCUGCUCCUGCUCCUGCUCCUCCUCAGCUUCUUCGGGAGCGGCCGGGCCCACGGUCCGGGAAACGGCACGCUGAUCUUCACCAGGGAGGACACCGUCCGCAACUGCAGCUGCCCCGUGGCCGUCCGGGACUGUGACUACGGCCUGGCCAACCUGCUGUGCUCCUGCCGGACGGUCUUCCCGUCGGCCGCGGGCCCGGCCAGCUACAGCAGCGGCCUGACCAUCUGGUUCACCGACGCCACUCUGUUGGCGGCGCUGCUGAAUCUCACGGCGGUGCGGGACCUGAAGCUCUCCCUGUGCGGCCCGUCCACCCUCCCGGCGGAGUUCCUGGCCAUCCGGGGCCUUCGAAGCCUCCGCGUGUCGGCCGGUCCCCGGCGGCUCCCGGAACAGAGCCUGCUGAUCCACGGCAGCGGCGACCGCAUCGCGGAAGGCGACCAGCCGAGAGAGAGGAGAAGGCCCUCCUACAUUUCCUUCCUGGACACGGCUCUGUUCAACGGGAACUCGUCCUUGAAAUCGUACAGCGUCGAAAACGUCGCUGGCAUCCCCGGCUCCUUUCCUCACCUUCCUUACCUGAAGGCGCUCUCCGAGCCGAGCGACCGAAGUUACGUGAUCACCUUCAUUUACUGAGCUGGGGGUUUCUGCUCAGGUCGCUCGGCUUCUCGGAGGCCCACGAGACCCCGUGGGAGUGGCCCCCUCGGACCCGCAAAAUCGCCGUCGCCCCCCGCGGGAGUCCGUCCGGUCGGACUGUGCGGUGACGGAGAGAUCCCGUUCCGCGGAGGGAGACCGGGCGGGUUCGUCUAUGGGGCGGUUCCCCUUCUCCUCCUCAAACGACCCGCUCAGCCCGGGGAGUUUACGAGAGCCCCGGGCCUGCGGCCUUAGAGUCAUUCAUUCAUUCAACCGUAUUUAUUGAGCGCUUACUGUGUGCGGAACAUUGUCCCGGGCGCUUGGGAGAGUGCGACAAAACAAUAAACAGACACGUUCCCUGCCCACGACGAGCUCACAGUCUAGCGUCUGCUUUCUGGUGAAACGACCCUGUGUUCUGGCAUGCCCUGAUCACAACUGGAAGUGACUUUCUUAAAGACAUGAUAGUAACAUAAUAUUUAUUAUUAUUAAUGACGAUGGUUUUUAUUAAGCACUUAUUGCGUGCCAAGCACCGUGUGGGAGAAACGAGCCGAUCCGAUGGGAUAGAGUCCCUUUUUCCGCGGAGGCUCACCGCCCGAGAGAGAGUUGAGAAAACGAGACCCUCCGGUCAAGCGACCGAUUGUAUUUACCCUUUAUUCAU